AUGCUGCCGCUUCUGUCUGCGACAGUGAAUUUAGAGCGGUUGCAAUACAAGCCUGACUAUCUAUGGGACGCCGAACCCGAGAUAGCUGCCACGCCAAUUGUCCUCCAUCAACUGCGCACCUUAAUUGGCCAUGCAGAUGACGCUGGCUCACUGCUCCCCUGGCUUACCCUCCCUGCCCUGCGUACGCUCUCACUCCGGGUCAGCGAAAUUGGUGCCACGCGAUUGCACAACUUGGCGGAGCGUUCUGGCCUCCCGGGCAACCGGGGCUUCCGCGAGCUCACGAUACACAGCACACUCGCAAACCUCCGUCGCAUCCUGCCGUCUCUCCAAAGCGGCCUCGAGGUCCUGACUGUCCCCUCCCUCGCGUGCACGAGCGAGGAACUCGAUGUAUUUUUGGUGGACAUGCGCAAAGACGGCGCCAUUCUACCUGCGCUGGCAAAGCUGCACAUGCCGUUUCUUGCGGCGGCCGUGGAUGUCCGUCUUGGAUCCGUUCUUCAGCUUCUCAAGUCUCGCUCCGACCCGAGUGUCAAGGGGCGUGCUGUUGCUGUCCCCAUUACAUCGUUCCUGUUGGACUUCGAGUACGACACCGCCGCAGAGGAGCAGAGGUGGGACAUGGAAUAUAACCUCGAAGCAAUACACAAGCUAAUGUCCCUCCCAACUGACCGUGCAUUCGUAUUCUGCCCCUCGAACUCUCAUCGCCCUCUCUCAGAACUGCUGGUUUCCUGUCCCCACUCAUCAGGAUGCGGGGCGUUCUUGGCGAAAUGCUGUAAUUGCUUCGUCUACGACAAGCUUUGCCACACGUUUGAGCUCGUCUUUGUCGACGGGGCCUGCCCGGGCAACGGGAGUCCCCAUGCCCGCGCUGGGAUCGGGUGUGCUAUUGGCACGCGCUUGGAUCAGCAGCUUUCGCUGCCUGUAACCGACGAAAUGGACCCCGGCCAGCGGCGCACCAGCCAGCGUGCCGAAUUGCUUGCGGCGCUGAUUGGCUUGGAGUUUCUCCUGGAGUCGCGCAAGGACUCGCGAGGGCGGCGUGGCGAUGAUGACUCCUCCCCGGAUGCCCGCAACCACCGCUAUAUCGUUGUCGCGGAUUCGGAGUACGUGGUCAAGGGCAUGACAGAGUGGGUUCCACAGUGGAAGGCGAACAAUUGGAAGAACAAACACGGCAGGACACCAGCCAACGUCGAUCUCUUCCAGCAAAUUGAGGCUAUCCUUCUUAAUCACAAGAACAGGAGCUAUGCGAUUCAGUUUUACCACGUUCCGCGACAGUUCAAUGCAUUGGCAGACCGUCUUGCCAAAGAGGGGGCGGAACAAUGA